ACAAGAAGCCUAAGCAUAACUUCAGUUGACCAAUCAAUGUUUGAAAAAGCACAAGGAGAGAAAGUUACGCUGCCAUGUACUUUUGUACUCUCAGAAGAAGAUGAAGGCCCGCUAGAUAUUGAGUGGGUAUUGAUACCAGCAGAUAAUCAAAAGAAGGAACAAAUAAUAAUUAUGUAUGCAGUAGACAGGAUUUAUAAUCAUUAUUAUGCUUCUAUGACUGGGCGGAUGCAGUUUACUAAUCCUGAUCCCAGAUCUGGUGAUGGUUCAUUGGAUAUCCUGAAUUUAAAGUCAGCAGACACUGGCACAUACCAGUGCAAAGUGAAGAAGGCUCCUGGAGUUCAAAGCCAAAAAAUACAGUUGACUGUACUUGUAAAGCCAGCAAGAACUAAGUGUUCCAUUGAAGGAUCACAGGAGAUUGGAAAAGACGUUAUGUUGAAAUGUGCAUCACAAGAAGGAUCCCCACUUUUGUCUUAUGACUGGAGAAGAGUAUCUGGCACACAGGAGCUUCCUGCCACUUCCAUGCUGAAUAAAAAUACAGGGGAACUUCUGUUGAAAAAUGCCUCUCAAGACUAUUCUGGUACAUACAGUUGUGUUGCCUCAAACAGAGUUGGCACGGAUGAAUGUUCUGUUGAGCUGAAUGUCACCCCUCCUAUAAAUACAGCUGGUAUAAUUGCUGGAGCUAUUAUAGGAACUCUACUGGGUCUUUCUGUACUGGCUUUUCUUGUCUUCUGUUGCUGUAAGAAACAUAGAGAGAAGAAAUAUGAGAAAGAAGUACAUCAUGAUAUUAGAGAAGAUGUUCCACCUCCAAAAAGUCGCAGUUCAACAGCCCGCAGCUAUAUAGGCAGCAAUCGUUCUUCUCUGGGUUCAAUGUCUCCCUCAAAUAUGGAAGGAUAUACCAAAACUCCAUAUAGCCAAGUCCCAAGUGAAGACUUUGAACGUACUCCUGGUCAAAACCCAACUUUUGCACCUUCAAAGGUAGCUGCACCUAAUUUAAGUAGAAUGGGAGCUGUUCCUGUGAUGAUUCCAGCACAAAGCAAAGAUGGGUCCAUAGUAUAAAAUAUUAUUAAUUUAAAUGCUGUUUUUAGGUGUUCAUUGUAAGUAUUAGAGAAAACUACUGUGUUCCAUCCCUCAUUUAAACAAUGGCAUGCAAUUUUCCGUGAAGAAAAUGAACAAGUUUGAAAAGCCACCAAUUCUUAUUUUUAAUUUUAAACUUAUUAGUAUAUGACAGUUGAACUGUUUGCUAAAAGCAUUGAAGUUCCUAAAUAACUAUCGGACAC